GAGGAGGAGGAAGGCGGCGGCAGCGGCAACAGCACCGGGGAGGACUCGGCCUUCCAGGAGGCCGACUCGCCCCUCUCGGUGAGCCGCACCCCGGCCCGAGAAGAGCCGCCGCCGCCGCCGCCGCGGAUGCCGGAGGAGGUGGCGAUGGAGCUGGCGCCGCCCGCGAUGCUGGGCGACGAGGGCGACUCGUGGGAGGAGGAGGGCUUCGGGUCCUCGUCCCCGGUCAAGUCCCCCGGCGCCUACUUCAUGGCCGGCUCGCCGCCGCUCCUCCGGGGCCCCCGCCGCUACUGUCCCCAGCCGGCGGCGGCGGCCUCGCCUCCAAGACCCGGACCUCCUCUGCCCGAGUAUCCCGGCACGCCGCCGCACAAGACCUUCCGCAAACUGCGCCUCUUCGACACGCCGCACACGCCGAAGAGUCUACUUUGUAGAGCUCAAGGAAUGGGCUCAAGUUCAGCUAAACUCCGUGGUGGCUCUCUCUUUAUGAAUGUGGGAAGGCUAGAGAAACAGGAGGUGGACAUGCGACAGGCGCCUCAUGUGAACAUUAAUCCCUUCACUCCAGACUCCCUUUUCCUCCAGUCUUCAAUCGGACAGUGUCGCAGGAGAAAAAGAACACAUUGGAAUGACUCCUGUGGUGAGGACAUGGAAGCAAGUGAUGGAGAGCUUGAGGAUGAAACUGUCAGACCUGCCAAACGAAUCAGCAUAACAGAAAGUAAUAUGAAAUCACGAUAUGCAACAGAAUUUCAUGAAUUGGAGAAGAUUGGGUCUGGAGAAUUUGGUUCAGUAUUCAAAUGUGUGAAGAGGCUUGAUGGCUGCAUUUAUGCCAUAAAACGAUCUAAGAAGCCCUUAGCUGGCUCAAUUGAUGAGCAAAAUGCUCUCAGAGAGGUCUAUGCCCAUGCAGUCUUGGGACAGCAUUCACAUGUAGUCAGAUACUUCUCAGCUUGGGCAGAAGAUGACCAUAUGCUGAUACAGAAUGAGUAUUGUAACGGCGGCAGUUUAGCAGAUGCCAUAAGUGAAAACUCUAGAAAUAUGCGCUACUUUAGCGAAACAGAGCUGAAAGAUCUGCUAUUACAAGUUGCUCGUGGCUUAAAGUAUAUUCAUUCAAUGUCACUGGUACACAUGGAUAUAAAGCCCAGUAAUAUUUUCAUAUCUAGGACAUCAAUUCCAGCUACUAUACCAGAAGAAGGUGAUGAUGAUGAAUGGUCAUCUAGCAAUGUUGUAUUUAAAAUAGGUGAUCUUGGUCAUGUGACUAGAAUAUCCAGUCCACAGGUGGAAGAAGGAGAUAGUCGUUUCCUUGCUAAUGAAGUUUUACAAGAGAAUUAUAGUCACUUGCCAAAAGCGGAUAUAUUUGCUCUUGCACUAACAGUAGUGUGUGCUGCCGGUGCUGAACCACUACCAGCCAAUGGAGACCAGUGGCAUGAAAUUCGACAGGGAAAACUGCCUAGAAUUCCACAAGUCCUUUCUCAAGAGUUUUUAGACUUAUUAAAAGCUAUGAUAAACCCUGAUCCAGAGAAAAGACCCUCAGCAGUUGCUCUGGUCAAGCAUUCUGCACUGUUAUCUACUGCCAGAAAGAGUGCCGAGCAGCUACGAAUAGAACUGAAUGCUGAAAAGUUCAAAAACUCAUUGCUGCAGAAAGAGCUGAAGAAAGCACAAAUGGCAAAGGCUGCAGCUGAAGAGCGAGCACAGUUUACAGAUCGAAUGACAACUAGAUCUACAGCACAGAACAGAACAAGUCGUCUUACUGGAAAGAAAAUGAACCGUUCAGUUAGCCUUACCAUAUACUGAUCUGACACUUCAUAAAACUGUUUAAGGAAGACUAUGGAAUAUUUUUCAACUAAAUUAGGGGCAAAAGUGGGGGAUUCUGUUUCUGGUUUUCUUUUUAAUCACUGUCAAUAGUUUUUAUUAAGAAGCCCAUAUUUUAAUU